AUGCGAUCGUGCCAUGGAGCUAUGCAAAGAUAUUCAAAACAGGCAGCGAAACAGGCAGAGAAGCGGAAGAAGAGAUACACUACCGGCGCCCUCGUCUUUGCCACAGCCCUGGGCCUGUAUAGCGUUCAGCUGUACAAUGCAGCCACCAGACCCUGCACGAACCCGGCCGUGAGGGACUUGGCUGCCCAGAAAGAUGUCUCCGGCCAAUAUGACAACACUGCCGACGGCUUCGACAACGAGGUGGGCAUCUCAGAGACGCUCAUGCGCAUCAACAACACGCGCAAGGAGCUCGCUCGAAAAUGCACGGGCCAUGUCCUAGAAGUUAGCUGUGGAACGGGGAGAAACUUGGGAUACUUCGACAUUGGCAAAAAGGGCAAUGUCGACAGCCUGACGUUUGUGGACCUCAGCCCGCAGAUGAUUGAGGUCUGCAAAAAGAAGUGGGAUGUUCUAUUUGGCAAAAAGCAGCACAAGCUGAAGCCCGGGCUCGUGGUGCGAUUCCUGCCAGGCUCAGCAGUCGGCCAGAUGCCACUAGCACCGACUGAUCCUCCCCGCAAGUACGAUACCAUCAUCCAGACCAUGGGAAUCUGCAGCACGCCAACACCCGUCGAGCUCUUGACCAAUAUGUUCCAAUACCUGGAUGUGGACAACCCAGAAGCUAGGGUGUAUCUCUUGGAGCACGGCCGAAGCUAUCUGGAUUGGAUGAACAAUAUCCUGGAUACGUCUGCUGAGAAGCACGCUGAAAGACAUGGGUGUUGGUUUAAUCGCGACAUUGGCGCUAUUGUUGAAGAUGCGGCCAAGCAAACUGGUAUGGAAGUGGUCCGUGAGCGGCGGUAUCAUUUUGGCACAACUUGGGUCUUCGAGCUCAAGCCAGGUCCAGACGCUGGCAAGAAAACCUCGUCGCCCGUCAAGAAGGUUGGCGAGCAGGCCCAAGAGAAGUCGCGCGGCUGGUUUGGGUGGAAUGGCUGA